AUGGCACAAUCAGCAUGGUUAGAUUAAAUAAUGCUCCUCGCAUUACGCACCACACGGCUCAACAGGGGACUUAAUUAAAACAGAAUACUUUUUUGGGAAGAGAGAGACAAGGCGAUCGCGCAAAGGCGACACGUAGCCCUAAACAAUUUACGUCAAGAUCAUCUAGACCAGCUGAACCCUGCAGGUGCAACCGCUCGUUGUCGGUCAAACGGAACGCUGUAGACAGAAAAAUAAGCGAAGAAAACAGGAGACCUGUUUUAGAGAGCUGCGGAGAUAUUUCUACAGCGGGAAAACCACGAGGUCGAAAAGGUUUUCUACCUAGCUCGUUUUAUGCGCGUGGGUCUGCUCCCCACGAGCAGGAAGUGUAACUUGAAGCGUGGGAAAGCUGCGUUAUCUCGGGGGGCUGCUGAGACUCACUGGCAUCGUUUGCUCCGGUUUUCCCCUGUUCCACCAUGGCUCGGGAGAAUGGAGAGUCCGGGAAAGGGACGUGGAAAAAGCAAGUCGACGAUAUCAAGAAAAUAUUUGAAUUGAAAGAGAUCCUCGGAACCGGGGCAUUCUCUGAGGUGGUGUUGGCCCAGGAGAGGUCUACGGGGAAGAUGUUUGCUGUGAAGUGUAUCCCCAAGAAGGCCCUGAAGGGGAAAGAGAGCAGCAUCGAGAACGAGAUCACCGUGCUCCGCAAAAUCAAGCAUGAGAACAUAGUGGCUUUGGAGGACAUCUAUGAGAGUUCCAACCACCUCUACCUGAUCAUGCAGCUAGUCUCGGGAGGUGAGUUGUUUGACCGUAUCGUGGAGAAGGGGUUCUACACAGAGAAAGAUGCCAGUACUCUCAUCAGACAGGUGCUAGACGCUGUCGACUACCUCCACAAGUUGGGCAUCGUCCACAGAGACCUGAAGCCAGAGAACCUGCUGUAUUUUAACCCCCAGGACGAGUCUAAGAUCAUGAUCAGUGACUUUGGUCUGUCCAAGAUGGAGGGCAGCGGGGAUGUCAUGUCGACCGCGUGCGGAACGCCGGGAUACGUGGCUCCAGAGGUUCUUGCUCAGAAGCCCUACAGUAAGGCAGUGGACUGCUGGUCCAUCGGAGUCAUUGCAUACAUCCUGUUGUGCGGCUAUCCUCCAUUCUACGAUGAGAAUGACUCCAAGCUCUUUGAGCAGAUCCUCAAAGCAGACUAUGAGUUUGACGCGCCAUACUGGGACGACAUAUCUGAUUCAGCCAAAGACUUUAUCGGCAGUCUGAUGGAGAAAGACCCGGCGAAGCGCUUCACCUGUGACCAGGCCCUCAGACACCCAUGGAUCGCUGGGGACACGGCCCUCUGCAAGAACAUCCACGAGUCUGUGAGCAGGCAGAUCAGGAAAAACUUUGCCAAGAGCAAAUGGAGGCAAGCCUUCAAUGCCACUGCAGUGGUGCGACACAUGAGGAGACUGCAGUUGAGCAGCAGUAUGGGCCAGAGCAUGGACAGCUCUCACCCUCACCCUCCUAACAGCCGGGCCGCGCAGAUGCAGAACCAACGGAACCAGGCCAACCAGAACCAGGCCAACCAGACUCCCAACCAGACCACAAGCCAGAGCUCUACUCAACCCUCUCUGAGUCCAAGCCAGACUCGGAGCCAGAACCCUAAUGCAGCCAUUAAGAAGAGCUUUUCUGUGGACUCACCUCACAAGGACUGUGCCCCAGCCACUCCCACCCCCUGCAGCCUGGUGUCUGCAGCCUCCUCUGUCCCCUCCGGGGGGGCGGAGCUCGCCCGGCCCCACCCAUCCACUGUUGCCACGGUACUAACAGAGACUAAGUGACGCCAGGUCCCGCGGGGGACCAGCUGGGAGGCUACGGCGCUGUGAGAGAGAGAGGGGUGAAAACCGCACCCUCCCCUUCCUUACCGUGCCCCUACUACCCCCACCCAGCCUGCCCCCCGCCCUGCCCCUCCCCCACGCUGCAUCUGGGAGGACUGGGAGAGCAGAGGACUCUAAACCCAUUGCACCAAUCACAACACGCCAUACUCACCUUGGACACGCCCAUUGUGUCGACUCUGUGGACCCACACCCACUCCGAGAGCAUUAUUAAUUGGUUUACCUUUUGAGUGUUUGUUUCUGUCCGAAACCAUGAUGAGUGAAGUGGGUGUGUUUUCAGAAGCUGCCGUCGGAUUGGCCGUUGUCUACGUCAGUCAAACUCAAUUUCCCUGUAGUCUUUCCGGCAUCUUCUAGAAGGUCCUACUUGUGAGUUUUUAAAUUCUGUUUAUUUUCUUGAAUUCAUCCUCUGGGUUAACAGUUACCAACUGGAUCAUUUUUCAUUUGUGUUUUCUUGCGCUUUUUUUCUCCAUGUUUAUGUUCGCGCCCGUGUUUAAGACGUGCUUUAAAAGUACCAUAAGACUGUUGAGUGAUGUUUCAUGAGUAAGCGCUUUAUCUAUUUGCACGUUGAGGUUUGGACGCGGUUUCAGACCUAGAUAAUGUGUGUACAGCUACCAAGUUAGACUCUUCAUCUACGUGAAUUUAUCAGACAGAAUGGAGAUUGUAAACAGUUUUAAAAUACCCAAAAUGGGGUCAGAGCAUUGUACAACUUAUUUGUUAAGGGAAACAUGCACUAUGUUUAAUUAUUGUCUUACUUUGUAAGACUUUUAUAACGACCACCCUAUAUGGGACGCAUAUACAGUCUGUUAUAGAACACACUGCAGGUUUGGGAUCGAGUUGGAGAGUGCUGGACAGGGGUGCCCCCUGUUAAAGUUUUAACCAUCACCUGUUAGUUAACUGUGGGGUUUCCCAUCCUAAAGAUCAGGGGCUACAGGUGGGAAACCAGGCACUUCCAAAUGUGCCUCAGAAAAAGCCCAUGAAAAAGUGCAGCCAUCGCUGUAGUGUCGUGUAAGCAUGGGGAAACCCUGACCUACUGUAUCAGUUUCCCAGGAUCCAAGACGGUGGAGCUGUUGUCUCUACCCCCAUCCCUUUUACAAAGCCAUGACCUCACCACAAGAGCCAUCAUCAACCGGCACCCAGUACGCAAGUUCUCAGGGAUUUGGACUGGGCGCCGUGGUGACCCUUGUUGCUGUAGAAACCGGUCGCGAGCAUAGAUUUGUCUACACAGUUAGAUCCAAGUCCAACGAUCCCUUUAUGUCAUUGUAAUGUCUAGCCAAAGCACUGUUGAAACUGAUUAUACCUGAUUAAACACUGAUGGUUAGCUAUGAGCUAGACCUACGACCCUGGCCGAUCCCCACUGAGAAACGGAUUGUUUUGAAACGAAGGACUGAACUCUGAUAAUCUGGAGAAAGAUGACAGAAGACCAGAUGUUUUCUAUUUCUCUCCCCCUUUCCUUCUCCUUUUCUCUCUGUCCCACCCCUCCCCUCCCACCCUCUCUUUUUCUUUCUAGUUUCUUUAAGACCAGUUCACUGUAUACUGUAGAAGUUUCACCCAACACUGGGACUGUUACGCUCACGACACCAGGGUCCCCUAACCAGACUAUGGCCAGACACAGCCCUGCAUAUAGCCUGCAAAUUGCCUACAUAUAGAGGUCAAAGUGCAGUAUUAUUAUCUGGAUUAUUUUAGGGGUGGGUGGGCUUUACUUUAGGUCUCCGUUUUUGUUUAUUUAUUUAUUUUAAUCGAGGCAAGCAUGUAUUGUUUUCUGAUAUGAAUGGAUAUAUUUGUUGGAAACGUCUUGUGAAUAUGAAUGCUAAUUUGUAAGAUAACCUAUGCGAAUGUUGUGUGUGUGUGUUUGUGUGUGGUGGGGGGUUGAUUUGUAUUCUCUUUGGAAUGUUUAAUGUGUUUAAAUUAGCUACAGCCCCCCACACCUCCAUCCCGCACCACACCAAGCUUUGAUACCACGAUAUUCAGAGCAUACCGUACUGAACACUCAGUAACUGCCAUCUACAGCGUUACCAUGGAGAUGACGCCAUCAAUAUUCUAAACAAUAUCCGACUAAAGAAAAUACAAAUAAAAACAUUUUAAAUUUAAAAGCAAACUCAGGCUUUAGUUUGCAAUGUGUAUAAACGUUGAAGCUUUGACUGACACGACAUCCACUGUUAUGGAGCUGUGCGGUUUUUACACAUGUAUCUGACUAAGUCAUCUGUCGUCCACUUUACCCCCUUGCUCACUGACACUACGGCAACAGGCGUCCCAACACAUGCCCAUGAUCAGCUGUCAUGAGAGAGAAAAAAAUCCCACAAUGCAUCGCAAUGCUUUUUUCUAAAGAUGAAAUGUAAAGCAUGUUGAAAAGUGCUUAAAGAAAUCCAACUCCACAAGUGUUUGCAUUAACUUUUAUAUGCCAUUGUAUGAUGUGAGUAUCUGUAUCUAAAGAAGAAGAUCAAUGUGUCCAUAGAGAGCAGAGUAUUGUUGGGAACCACUGCAUCUCCCUGUGGGUUCCUGUGAGGUCCAGACCCUGGGGAAUGGGCCAUAAUUACGCUGCAUGUGACCAGAACAAACCUCCAUCUUGUGUGGCGGUCUCUCACUAACGACUCCUGGUAGAUGUUCCCCUUAACCACAGAUCUCGGAUCAGAAUAUCCUCCCUCAAUCUGAACCCUAACCAAAAGAUAUACUAACAACCAUAGAUCUAGGAUCAGCAUAUCCUCCAUUGAUCUGAACCUAAACCAUUAGGGGGAAGAGAAAAUAUCUGAUCUUGUAUCAGUGGUAAGGGGCAACUUUCUUCCUACUUCGUUAAGCAGACACCUCCUUCCACUUUGUGUGGCAGAGUGAGUUGCCCUGCCACUCUUACUGUGCUGUGAUGACCUUCUGUUAUGGGGCUUGUAUAUCCGAUGCCUUCGACAAUCAUGUGCACAUAUCAGUUACCAUGACGAUGACAGAAGCCAGAAUGACUGAUUUAGUUUUUUUCUCUCCUGAAAUAAAUCCUGAACGAUCAUAAA